GUCGGCAGACCCUUUUCACCGGGGCACGUGCCCCGUUGUGGAUCUGCGGUGCCUGGGUAUGCCUGGGGCACUGAUUUUUUAAUUAAUUAAUUUAUUUAUACCUUUAAUUUUUUUUUAUUUAAGUCUGACUCAUCUGGCAAUCUACAGAAUGCAUGCUAGCAUUUUUUUUUCUUAAAAUAGGCCUAUAGACUACCACUUUCGUUAGAAUUUAAGUCCGACAUACGGACAGAGUAAUUAGAAUCCACUUGCGGCCACUCGGAGCAUGUUGCAGCCGGAGAGUUGCCUGUAACACAGAGCCAGGAGUUGUCCAGCACAGCGUCAGCGACCAUUCACUCCGGCCGGCGUGAAGUGAAGUAAACAGUAAGCGUUACAUUUUUAUCCUCUGGAAGCAUAGAAUGUCUAACAAAUGUGUAUGCCUUUCAUCAAAUAAGGUGAAGGGGCGUCUCUGAAGUGGUGUUAUUAGCUAAUGUGGUCACGUCUGUCGUUAUGCUAUAGUAGCCAGACAGUUCGCUAAUAUAUUAAACUGUAGCGAUAACUGUUUAAGCUGGACCUGUUGAUCGGAGAAAGAUCACAAAUGUCGGGUUCACACUACAUGCCAUCUUAUGGUGUUUCUCGAUUCUUUACGUUCAUGUUUUCAGGGGGUGAUGAUCCCGUGAUGGGGUAUCCAAGUUGUCUUGUCAGCUUAGUUAGCUAGCUAUCGGCAUACUGUAUAAGACAUCUUCUCAAGUUGCCUGGAACCAAUGGCACCGAUGUUAUACUAGCGCAAUUUAUAACAGAAUACAACACUCGGAGGUGGAAGCUGUUUUGUACGCUGUUGCUUUUAAAAAUAGCCCAGUGCAUGCUUAAAUAAGCAGGCUGGCUUAAGCAGCUCAAGCACACGUUGGUCUCAAAGUUGAAAAUGAAUGAUUCUGAAAUUAUUCUCAUUCUGGUGUUUUCUGCUCGAGUAGGCCUACAGACAAAAGCACAGACAUUAAGGGGGCAUGAUGACAUACAGGUGGUUACUUUCAAGACAGUAGAAACAUAAUGUAGAAAAAACAAACAAUUGAUAGGUAUCAUUCAUAGCAUGCAUAUAGACGAAUGUCCUGUUUUUACUAUUCGUUUUUUUGGUGUGUCAGGUAUGUAGAGAGUUAUGGAAGAAGUAUGUUGUACUAGUAGGCUAUGUUAUUUUAUGAUCUUUUGCUGGCAUUGAAUUAUUUGUUAUCUCAGUGACCGGAACUAGAUAUAACAGCCUACUGUAUUAGUUAUGAUUUUGAUCUCAAUUCAACUCAAACAACAUUGUUCUUGUAGAUGGACAUCAGAAAGUUAUUCGCUCGGAGCAGGGAUAAAGCAGCAAGGAGAAAUGAGAGAGCUACGCUAGACAAAGAGGAGCAGCAGAGUGCCGGAGGAGGUGACGGAGGAGUUGAAGGAAAAGGUGAAGGAGAGAGGGAUGUUGAUGAGCACGAGCAGAGACUCAGUGCAGCAGAGUGCAGAGGAGAGGAGCAGAUUGAAGGGACGCAGGUAGAGUUGGCAUUGAGAGAUGACACUGACAGACAGGAGAAUCAGAGGGCAGAAGAGAAUGAGCUGGUUGAGGCAGGGGAAAUGCAGAGAGAGAAGGAAGGACAACAGGAGACAGACAGGCCAGAGAGAUCACACCCCAGAUAUGAGACUGAGAAAACAGUUGCCACAGUGGCAGAGAACAUUAGACUGGGGGCAAGAGAAAAAAGCAGUGUCCACAAUGUUGAGGGACAUACAAGUGAUCUUGGGGGAAAGGAGUCUGGCCCAAACCAAGUUAAGUUGUCAAAAUAUCCCCAGCACAACUUUGGUGCCAAGAAUCGAUCCUUUAACGCCAACUGUGUUGUCGAGCAGUUGGAUUCUGCAAGUGAGCGUGAAAUCAAAGAGAGACGCGAGUACCUCAGCCGGGUUGUGGCUGUUACCAAGUUUUUGGGUAAACAAAAUAUCCCAUUCCGUGGCCAUGAUGAGGGCAUGUCCAGCGACAACCAGGGAAACUUUCUGGAGUUCUCCCUUGUUAACCACGACAAGUUUAAGGAGACCCAGAAACAGCUUGGCUUACAGCCUUCUGAGCUGGUACAGCUGUCCAAGACCCGAUGGUCGUGCCAGCUGAGGUCAAUCAACGCUAUGAUAGAGAAUUUCCCCGCAGUUCUCACGUGCCUGUCCAACAUCAGCAACCCCACGGCUGCCUGUAACCCAGGCUCGAGCACCUUUCUCAAAGAGGAGGACCUCAGAGGUCUCGCAGAUCACUACAAUGUUGAUCUUAAACAAGAGGAGGUGUGGCUGCAGUUGUGA